AUGGCGUCGAUGGGGCCCUCCGUUAGUGUGCAGCAGCAGCCAGACACGGCGCUGGCAGCAGCGGCAACAGCAGCAGCGGACGGAGCGCUGCCCGUCACCUACACACCGGGCUCUGGGCCUGGCGGCGCACUUGUGGCCCCCACAACCGCAAUAACAGGGCACUGCGACGUGCUGUCGGAAUGCGUCGCCAAGGCAGAUGAGUUGGCGCUGCAGCUGAAAGCGCAGACCGCGCUGGGGGCGAGUGCGGAGAUCCUCACGCAGGAGGGCAUGGAGGAGUUCGUUGAUGAGUUAAAGACAUCCGCGACAACGGAGAUGACGGCAUUGGUGCAGCAGAUGCAGAAGACGCCGCUGCUGCAGCAGGCCGGUAUGCACGAGCUGCGGCGCACGCUUUACUACACAACCUCGCUGAAGGAGCGGGACUGGCUGGAGGAGCCCAUGUACACUGCCGCCAUGCGCAUGCUCACGGUGGAGGUGCUGAGACGCGACAACGAUGGCGUUCUGUCAGCAGAUGAUGUUCUGUACAUUUCCACCCACGUUGUGUCGUCAAACUUCUACAAUCGCCACCUGUGGAACCGCAUGGAGAAGGCGAUGCUGAAGUACAGCAACUACGAAAACAUCGACAUGUCAUCCAUUAAGGCCUUCUCCACGCGGCUCUUUAAGACGCGCCGCGGGUGUGCGAAGGAGACGCUGGACGUCCGCCGCAAAAUCCUGCUCGCCCUAUCGCGCCGCGUCGGCGUGCUGGCGAACGACUUCGACCUGCCGUCGCUGCUGGGCAUUCUGCAGUGCUACACCGUGCACGACCUCACGCCGUUCAGCCUGGAGCCGCUGGCGGUGCGCGCGACGAAUCACGUUGGGGACUUCACGCCUCACGAGUGCGCGACCCUGUCGCACGUGCUGCGCAAGUGGCGCCUGAUGCGGCUCGAGGUGUGCGAGCGUCUCGUGGAGCGCAUUUGCACCGCUGAUCAGCUUACGCACCACAUGGCGAACGCGGCAAUGAUUAGCAUCCGGACGUGCUAUGCCAAGGUGAGCGACGGCGGCCGCAACGCCAUGAACGCGGAACCAACGCGGCAGAAGCUCCGCGCGAUGGGCGAGCAGGUGGGCUGCCGACUCGAUGAGGUGGAGUACCCCGCACUGCCCGUCAUCCUCAGCAUCCUCGACGUGGUCGUCACGCUCAAGAUAUAUGUGCCCAAGAAGUCUCUACAGACCAUCUUUGCGCAGGCGAACGACAUGCUGGCAGUCGUGAUGGAGCAGAAGGACGACCUUGUGGACCCGAAGACCGGCAAACGCGUGCGGCCCAUCACCGCGGAGGAGGGACGACAGCUGCAGGCGCUGCUCUCGCACUACGGCAACGACCUCGCGCCGGAGUUAGCGCAGCGUCUGAAGGAGGCAUUCCGUGAGGGUGUGCUGCCCGACGAGGCCUCGUUGUAG